AAAAACCAAUUACUAUAACCGAAAAUAUCUUCCGCUUUUUUGCAUUUAUCUUUGAACGCUGUCUGAUUCCUUUUUAGCUUAUUUCAAAAGCACUCGACACAAAUAAAAGGGAACCCUAGCGCAAAGCAACAGAUUUGCAGCUAUUCAAUAUCCGAAUUCAGAGUAGAAAUUUAUGGAUUCAAAUGCGCGAGAAAGUUUGGACUCCAAAGCGGAAUUCCGGAAACCUUCGAAUGAUGCUGCUAAUAGGAAGUACAGGCGCAGAUCACCUGUUGGCGGAUCAUCGUCUUCUGAUGGGAGUCCACGCAAUGGGCGCAGCUUAAGUCCAGUCCCAUCAAGGAAGGAAACUGCUAGAGUUGCUGAUGAUAAACGAAAAAGGGAUGAUGAUAGGAAUCAGUCUGGCCGUAGCGAUGAGCCAUAUAAAUACUCUGAUCGGCAGUCAUCUAGGAGUCACUAUAGGCAUGAUGAUCGUAGCAGACGUGAUAGGCAUGUGGAUGACUAUGAUAGAGGUUAUCCUAAGUCAUCAUAUCGUUCACGGGAUUCACGAGAAAACAAUAACUUGGAUUACUCCAGGUCGGAGAAAGACUACAAAUCUAGAGAUUUUGUAAAUGAGGCAGACACAUACUCUCAUGGAAAAUCUGAUGGUUUAGGGAGUAGAAAUAAGGAUAAGAGCUCAUAUGACAGAACUGGAUCUGGUAGGAGGCAUGCUGCUGCUGAGGAAAGGGACCGAGAUAGGAACAGAGAGGGGAAAGCUGACCAUUAUGGAAAGACGGACAAUAAGAAAAGUUCUGUGGAUCGCAAAAGUGAUCGUUCACCAGCUUAUGAAGAAUCAAGGGGCCUCCGAAAUGAAUCUUUUGCUCGAAGGGAUAGUUCUGGGCCUCGUGUGAAAGAAGCUGCUUGGAGAGAUAGCAAGGAACUUGACUCUGAGAGGCAUGCUAGCGAUGAAAAGAGAAGAGAUGAUGAUCGUGGUACAUAUAAGGAGCAAGCCAAUAGAGAACCAAAGGAGCGUUCUGAUGAUAUGUCCAUCAAAGGUCAAGAUUCUAAGAAGCCCAAAAUUUUUGCUUUGGGCAGCACAAGUCCUGGGACUGAUGGCACUUCUGAGCCUUGUGUGACAGAUUCUGAUAUUGAUGCUGCAAGAAUUGCUGCAAUGAAAGCUGCUGAAUUAGUUAAUAAAAAUUUAGUUGGAACUGGAUACAUGUCAACCGAUCAAAAGAAGAAGCUUUUGUGGGGCAACAAAAAGAGCACUGCUACUGAAGAGUCUACUGCUCACCGUUGGGAUACUCCAAUGUUUGGUGACCGUGAACGACAAGAAAAAUUCAACAAACUCAUGAGUCUGAGGUUGCAUUGGUGGCCAAUUGUAGGGCGUGAAGGCAGACGCGAAGGUGGAGAACCAGGCAGACAACCCCGACGUGGAAAAGCAGCGAGAGAAACUUCAGAUGGAACUCGAGAAACAAUAUACAGCUGGACUGCGUCGAAGAGAUGGUCGGACUGUAGGACUCGGCCUUUAAAAGCUUGCUCUAGGUACUCGCAUGCUUGUAUGAAUGUAUUUCUGGCAAUCGUGAAACUAUUUUGUAAGACUACGGAAGCCGGCCUUGCGGUAAUCUGGUCUUUGAACGUGACUGGUGGUAAGGCUUCUAGACAUUCUAUGGUUCUCGGAUUAAUUGCAAGUAAUGUUGUUCGAGUAUUUGAUGCAUCUUUUAUUAGUGGAUUAGCUUGCUUGUUCAAAUAUUUUUUUUGGUUUCAAUCGAUCAUUUGGUCAAGUUUGGCACAAUUUUUUGCUCUAGAAAGUAGAAAAUCGUUCCCAAGUAGAAAAUAAAAAAUAAUUGCCACGCCA